CAGGGAGCACCCGGGGCGAGACGGCUGGUUGCGAGCUUAGCGCACAUUUGCUGUGGGGAGGGGACCAGCUUUUCGCCCAGACCUUGCCUUGUCGAUACGAGAGGGCAAGGGCAUACUCAACAAACGAGGAGACUACGAGGUAUGCAGUCACUGAAGUCGUCCAGCAAGAGCCUUCACGAGCUCAGUGCCAAGGCACUCGACGGGUGAGUACAGUACAAGAGCAACAGCGCCGCACAGCAGGCGAGGAAGUGAUUCAUGUCGUGUGUCUGUGUGUCUGUGUGUCUGUGUGUCUGUGUGUCUGUGUGCGUGUGUGGGAAUGUCUACGACACGCAGGGCCACGGUCAACUUCAAGGACUAUGCGGGCAAGGUCCUGCUCGUCACCAACGUGGCAUCCAAAUGAGGCCUCACCGAGGUGACAACAACACCACACCACACAAGAGGCCCUUCAAGCGGUAUUCUUCACCCACCGCCUGUCUGUCUGUCUGUCUGGGUGGAUGGCUUCAGACCCACUACACCCAAUUCACGGAGAUCUGGCAGCAGUAUCAGGACCGCUUCAAGGGAGGGGAGGAGGAGGGCGGCUUCGAGAUAUUCGCUUUCCCGUGCGCUCAGUUUGCCAACGAGGUAGGUAGGUAGGUAGGCAGGCUGCAGGCUGCCAGGCUGCACGUGGUGUGGUGACUGACAUUCGGCUGGCAGGAGUUCCCGGACGCGGCCGACAUCAAGAAAUUCGUCGCGGCCUACAACAUCCCUGAGAAAUACAACGUCAGAAUGAUGGAGAAAAUCGACGGUGCGUCGGUCGUGUCGGGUUACUCGCCAGGCCAUUCAGGCCAUUGGUCGAUCUCGUUGCAUGGGUGGGUGUUGCCUUGUCGGUGUGGGUGCAGUGAACGGCCCGAAUAUGCAUCCGGUGUUCUCGUUCCUCAAGUACCACUCCAGCCUCUAUGACGACCAGUCCAAUGCGGCCAGUCCGAUCUCGUGGAACUUCGGUCAGUCACCAGAAACAAGGACAGACAGAAACGACAGCGAUUGACACACACGAGACGAGACGAGACAGACGCUCCUGCGUCUGUUGGUCGUCAAUUACCAGGGAAGUUUUUGGUGGACCAGGACGGCCAUGUCGUGAAGUACUACGGGCCCGAAGUCAUGCCUAAGUAAGUGAAGCGACCACCGUUGAUGUCACGAACCUCUCUCUCUGUCACGUUGCCAUUCCCAACUGUUAGGUCGCUCAUUCCGGACAUCGACCAGGUCAUCGCUCGUGCGCCGCCCCCACAGUGAACAAUCGAAAGAGAGAGGUAGCCCUGACGCCGUCUCCCCCUCCGCCCUCCUGCCCCCAUCUUCGCUUGCCUUGCCGCGGAUGAUGGCUGCACCGUCAAACCCCCUACAGCGGGGCUCGGUGCGGCCUGAGAGCUUCUCUGGCCUGUUGGUCUGCUGUGUGGCUCCCUAUGGGUGUAGGGGGGGGCUGCGCCGCCGGCCGGUGGAAAGGGGAGGAGAGCGAGGCAACGCGACUUGGGGGAGGGAGGGGGAGAGGGGCAUGGGGCUGGCGGGAAGUCGUGUAUGUAUUUUGGUAUUGUGUAUGUGUGUGUGUGUGUUGCGCAAGUCUGUAUUUGUCGAUCGGUCGAUCGUGAGGCUAGGACUGAUGGCUGGAUGGAUGAAUGGCUGGCUGGCUAGCUGGCUGGAUGGCUGGAUGGCUGGAUGAUGGCUGCAAUGCAGCUACAUGCAUGUAUUCUGUUUGGAUGACUGUGAGCGACUCGGGAUCGAUUCAACGCGAUUGCUGCUCCGUGUCC